UCUGCACACAAGAUGUUCUUGAACAGCGCCCCGGUUGAAAGGUCAUCGUUGCGAAAACAUGGCGGCUUCAAGCAAGACAACGGUGGUGCUUAAGACGGUCAAGAACAUUGUUGUUCAGUUUUGUACGUUUGAAUCCAAUGUUCGUUCCACACGGGAGUUCCUGGUCCUGGUUGGGUCUGAGAAGGCCAGAUCUACCAAUAUGAACUGUGAGGUGAUGACAGAAGUGAAACAUGACCAGUCUGAACCAGUGGUGGACAUCACAUUCAUGGAUGGAGAAAGGCUAAUAAUGAAGGGAGCGAGACUGACCAGCAAGGAGAUGCUGACUGCACUGCAGUCACGAUGUGUGGCCAAGGACCCUCAGGCCAAAAUUACAGCCAAGAAGUAGUCCCCUCCCUCAGUAUUUUUCUAUGUGUCUAUGUAUAUUUGUGAAUGUUUAUAAUAAAAUACUUUAUUGAAAUGUU